CUUGUGUAGUAUAUGUCAAAUGACAUUUCGAGUGAGACGUCUAUAGUCUCCGUCGAUAUUGCCUUUCAUACAAAGGUUUCGAAGCAAUAAAGAUAGCAUUGUGCCGUCAUUCUUGAUUCGGCAGUCAACCUGAGAACUACUACUAUCUAUCCCCAAACCGAAAACCUAUAAAGCUUAAAAGAGUAAUCUCGGACAUAUCAAGUGGCGGCGAAAGGAUAAAAAAAGGAUUUCUCGCGUCAUUGUGAAAGUGCAAAUAAGCAAAAGUGCAAAAGUUUUCUGCUCCACAAGUGCAGUGGCUGAAAAAUACGGUGUCUUUGGAAGCGAUCAGGCGUUGGCAGUUUCGUCACACCAGUAGGCGUCGAAUCGACGGCGUUACAACAAUUGGAGUUCGUCGAGUGACAAAGGCGUCUGAGAACACCAAGGGAAAAGGUUUUGCCGGCGAAGUCAUUUUCCAGAAGGAGCAGAAAAUAGCAUUGGUUUUAUUUCGACGAUACGGCUGCAGUAGCGGUACGGUAAAAGGGUAAAACUACGGAAGUCUCAAUUCGUUCGGUGUUGGGUUUCGGCAGCGUUAAUUCCGGUGCAAAAGCGGCUCAGUGAGUGUAGUGUUGCAUCGGCGCGAAUUUUUGAGCAUAAUCCGACGAUACAUCGACAGCGAUAGCUUAAACGGGCAUCAAACAGACCUACAUCAUACCAGCGAACCGGCACCAGUAAACUGCGGUUUAUCAAAGAGGAUUUUACGGUGCGGUGAAAGUGUUGGACGCAAUCGGACCUCCAGCGGAGUAGUAUCUAGGGCUAACCAGCGGACAGGUACCCGUAGAAUCGCAAGCCAAUACGAUUCGGCGGCGCGAUUAUUGAACUAGUAGCAAGCCAACAUCAAGGGGAGAAAUUUCUCCGGUGCUGUCCAGUUUCCGUGGAGCAGAGGCGUUGCAGGUGGACAAUUACGGAGAACCGGUUGGUAGUUUGUCGCUGAUUUGGUGAGUGAUUUUAUUUUCUCAAUUUUAUUGCAAAUUUUGAUUGGGUUGUUCGGUGAUUUUUCAGUAAGUGCAUUGCAAUUUGAAUAUGGCGGUUAAUGUGAGUACCACCAUUGAGCCUUACCGCAAGGGUAAUCCUUUCGGUGAAUGGAUAGAACGCUUAGAAUUCUAUUUCUCCUACAAUAAUGUGCAGGAUGAGGCAAAAAGAGCUUGCUUUAUAACACUCAGUGGUCCGGUUAUUUACCAUGAGCUGAAACUCCUGUUUCCGACCAGUAAAUUGUCGGAGGUGUCAUACGGGGAUAUGGUUUCAAAACUUCGAACUAGAUUGGAUAAAACAGAGUCUGAUUUAAUUCAGAGGUUGAAAUUUAACUGUCGUAGACAGCAACCGGACGAGUCCGUUGAGGAUUUCGUCCUCUCUGUUAAAUUACAAGCGGAGUUCUGCACUUUCGGUGAUUUUAAAGAGGUUGCAAUAAGGGACCGCAUUCUGGCUGGGGUGCGUGAGAAGUCGCUCCGCGAGCGCCUGUUAAAUGAGGAAAAACUCACUUUGGCAACGGCGGAAAAGAUAAUCGCCACGUGGGAGCUAGCAGGGAAGAACUCUAAAAACUUGAAUAAUAACGACGACGAUCAUUAUGGUCAAAUAGCAUCUUUGACUCAUCCGGCUGCCAGAGUCGGAUCCACUAUGGGAAAGAUUUUGGCUACCUACAAAGCAGCGGGGGCGAUUAAUGGCAGAGAGGGAGACAAUUCUCGAAGGACUCCGGUGAAAGAAAGAUUGGGAUACAGGCCAUAUGCUAGAAAAUACGAUGAUUACAAAAGGUCCAAGGGGCAGAACUGGAGAGAAUCAGAGAAUCAUCGUGCAGGUAAUUGGAGACAAAAACCAAAUUAUGCUGACGUAACGUGUAACUUUUGCGGCGCGAAGGGACACGUAAAGAGGAAGUGUUUCAAACUAAAGAACAUGCAGCGGGAUGCGGUCAACUUGGUUAACGACUAUGAGCCGGAGCCAAGCGCGAAUGAGGAAAUAGUAAACCUGCUAACUAGGAUGCGAACGGACGAGUCGGACAGCGAUGAUGGAGAUGCAGGUGAUUUAUGCUGCAUGAUGAUUUCCUCCAUAAAUAAAAUUAGCGAUCCAUGUUUAAUUAAGGUGAUGGUUGAGGGCAAAGCUUUAGAAAUGGAAGUAGACUGUGGGUCUUCGGUGUCGGUGAUUGGUAAAAGUCAAUAUUUCUCCACUUUUAUAAAUCCCUUAAAAAUGUUUAACCGACAACUGAUUGUCGUAAAUGGGGAAAAGUUAAAAAUCGAAGGAGAGGCUACUGUUUCGGUUAAAUUGAACGGAAUAGAGGUUAAUUUAAAGUUGUUGGUGCUGGAUUGCAAUCAUCGGUUUAUUCCUUUGCUUGGCAGAACUUGGUUGGACGUAUUUUUCUCCAAAUGGAGACAUUUUUUUUCGAAUUCAUUGACAGUAAACAAUAUGGUUGAAAAAAAUACUUUAGUAGAAGUUGAGCAAAUUAAGCAGAAAUACAAAGAUGUUUUUACUAAAAAUUUCUCAUCUCCAAUCAAAGGGUUUGAAGCCGAAUUGGUUCUUAAAUCAGAUGUUCCCAUUUUUAAAAGGGCCUAUGAUGUUCCAUAUAGGUUAAGGGAGAAAGUUAUGAAUUAUUUGGAUAGGUUGGAGACAGAAAAGGUUAUUACACCAGUUAAGACUAGUGAGUGGGCAUCUCCUGUCGUUAUCGUGAUGAAGAAAAACAAUGAGAUAAGACUGGUAAUUGACUGUAAAGUUUCCAUUAACAAAGUGAUUGUACCAAACACCUAUCCUCUUCCAGUGGCACAAGAUAUAUUUGCCAAAUUAGCAGGAUGCAAGGUUUUCUGUGCAUUAGAUCUGGAAGGGGCUUAUACUCAGUUAGCCUUAACUGAGAGAUCAAAGCAUGUUAUGACUAUCAAUACAAUCAAAGGAUUAUAUACAUAUAACAGACUGCCUCAGGGUGCUUCAUCGAGUGCUUCGAUCUUUCAGCAAGUCAUGGACGAAGUUUUAGCGGAUAUAGAGAAUGUACAUUGCUAUCUCGAUGAUGUUCUCAUUGCCGGGGAGAAUAUGGAGGAAUGUAGAUCAAAAUUGAUUCUUGUUUUGCAAAGGCUGCAAAAGGCAAACAUUAAGGUUAACAUGGAAAAAUGUAAAUUUUUUGUGAAUAAAUUGGAUUUUUUGGGACACGUUGUGAGUGAAGAUGGUCUAUUGCCAUGUCAAAAUAAAGUAGCAACAAUUAGAAAAGCAAAGGUACCUACAAAUACUACGGAGCUUAAAUCGUAUUUGGGACUCAUAAACUAUUAUAAUAAAUUCAUUCCAAACUUAUCGGCCAGGCUUUAUUACCUAUAUAAUUUACUGAAAAAUGGGGUAAAAUUUAAUUGGGACACAAAUUGCCAAAAAGCCUUUGAUGAGAGUAGAAACUGCCUACUAGAAACUCAAUUUUUGGAAUUUUACGACCCUAAAAAGCCAAUUGCAGUGGUCUCAGAUGCGUCGGGCUAUGGUCUUGGUGGUGUGAUUGCACACAUAGUUGACGGCGUUGAAAAACCAAUUUGUUUUACGUCGUUUUCGCUAAAUCAGGCUCAAAGGAAAUACCCCAUUCUUCAUUUAGAGGCCUUGGCGCUAGUGUGUACUAUUAAAAAGUUUCACAAAUAUUUAUAUGGACAAAGUUUUAUGGUAUAUACUGACCACAAGCCACUAGUAGGAAUUUUUGGAAAGAAAGGGCAGCAUUCGAUUUACGUGACAAGGUUACAGAGAUACAUUUUAGAACUGUCAAUUUAUGAUUUCAAUAUUCAAUAUCGACCAUCAGCAAAAAUGGGAAAUGCAGAUUUCUGCUCAAGAUUUCCUCUUGAGCAGUCUGUUCCAAGUGAAUAUGAUGUAGAGCAUGUAAGAAGCAUAAACUUUAGUAGCGAAUUUCCCAUUGAUUGCAAAAUAGUUGCGAGGGCGACACAGGACGACGAGUUUUUACUGAAAGUUCUAUCGUUCAUGAGAAAUGGUUGGCCGGAAAAACUAGAAAAGCGCUUUAUGGAUGUAUUCUCUAAUCAGUUUGAUUUGGAAAUGGUGGACGAAUGCUUGUUAUAUCAGGACAGAGUCAUAAUCCCGCAAAUAAUGCAAGCUGCAGUUUUGAAACUUUUGCAUGCUAACCAUGCAGGCAUGGUUAGGAUGAAGCAGUUAGCUAGACGCUCAGUAUAUUGGUUUGGUAUUAACAAGGAUAUUGAAACAUUUGUGAAGGGUUGUGAGGAAUGCAAUAGUAUGGCGAUUGUCAAUAAACCAUUGGUAAAAUCUCAUUGGGUCCCUACACUUAGGCCGUUCAGUCGAGUCCACAUUGACUUCUUUCAUUUCAACCAUCAUACUUUCCUGCUUAUUGUAGAUAGUUUUUCAAAAUGGGUCGAAAUAGACUGGAUGAAGAAAGGCACAGAUUGUAAUAAAGUUUUGAAAAAGUUGGUUGCAUUUUUUGCUCGCUUUGGGCUUCCUGACGUACUGGUCUCUGACGGGGGUCCUCCUUUCAAUUCCUUCACAUUUAUGGAUUUUUUAAGGAAGCAGGGCAUUAAUGUGCUAAAAAGUCCACCGUAUAAUCCAUCUAGUAAUGGCCAGGCGGAAAGGUUGGUUCGGACUGUAAAAGAAGUUUUAAAAAAAUUCCUUUUGGAACCUGCAUUGUUGGAAUUGGACUUGGAGGAUCAAAUCAAUUUAUUCUUAAUGAAUUAUAGAAACAAUUGUUUAACGACUGAUGGUGAGUUUCCAUCGGAGAAAAUCUUUUCUUUUAACCCGAAGACAAUAAUUGACCUUAUUAAUCCUAAAAAACAAUACAAAAACCAUUUAAAACCAUUGCCGAUUGAUGAUGUUGAGGGUUUAAAUCAUUCUAACCCUGUUUCUAACGCUAAUGAUCAAGUGCAUGACCCCAUAGACAACCUGACGGCUGGUGAUGUGGUAUGGUGUAAGAACAAUAACCCACAUCACCAUGUCAGAUGGACUAAAGGCGUUUUUCUAAAACGGUUUUCCAAAAACAUUUUCCAGGUGGAAACUGGAAGCGUGCGCCAAAUGGCUCAUCGAAACCAGCUUCGUCUGGUUACUAACGGCCGGGAGAUACCUGUGAAACCGAAUCUGACGUUGUCCUUGGCAAAUCGGGCGGAGCGGGUGCGGUUUAGCAAUGAUACGGAGGAACCCGAGGGACCGCCAGAGCUACAACAAGCGACAUCAACAAUUCGGAAGCGGAAAAGGUCGGAUGCAUCGUUGAAUUCUACACCGAUUCUUCGGCGAUCGAAACGUAAACGAACGGCAAAGGUCGACGUGGAUUUUCAUUAUGGAUAAGUGUUACACGUGAAGUGUUAUCGAAUACAUUAAGAAGAGUGAAAUGACUAGUAUGUUAAUCGAAUUCAAUUUAAAUAUUUAAUGCCAAAAUGUUAAAUAGUUUGUAAGUUCAAAUAUCUGAAAUAAUAAGAAAUAAUUAAAAAGGGAAGAGCUGUAGUAUAUGUCAAAUGACAUUUCGAGUGAGACGUCUAUAGUCUCCGUCGAUAUUGCCUUUCAUACAAAGGUUUCGAAGCAAUAAAGAUAGCAUUGUGCCGUCAUUCUUGAUUCGGCAGUCAACCUGAAAACUACUACUAUCUAUCCCCAAACCGAAAACCUAUAAAGCUUAAAAGAGUAAUCUCGGACAUAU